AUGUCAAAUGGAGUGACCAUAAAUGAAGAUGUUAUUGAUGUAGAAGCAAAAAAAGAAAUUAAUGAAAAUGCACUGAAUAAAAAUUUAGAAAAAGAAAGUCCUAAUGAUUCAAUAAACAUAAAAGUAAAUAGAGAAGUGAAGCCCCAAAUGGAAACAAGAAAAGAAGUAAAAAAACCAUUACUUAAUCAUUCUGCAGUUCAUGUGGAUGUGAAAAGGGAUCCAAAGAUCCAAGUGGCUAGGUUGAAACUGCCAAUUCUGGCAGAGGAACAAAGGAUCAUGGAAUUGGUGAAUGAGAAUGAGUUUUUAAUAGUUGCUGGUGAAACUGGCAGCGGAAAGACCACACAAAUACCACAGUUCCUUUAUGAAGCAGGCUAUGCUGAACAUAAAAUGAUUGGAGUGACUGAGCCUAGGCGUGUUGCCACUGUAGCUAUGUCUGCUAGGGUGGCUCUUGAGUUAGGUUUAACCAGCAAGGAGGUUUCAUAUUUAAUGCGUUUUGAGGGUAAUGUAACAAAGGAUACUAAGAUAAAGUUUAUGACUGACGGUGUCUUACUGAAGGAGAUACAGACAGACUUUUUGCUCAGCAAAUAUUCCGUGGUGAUAAUCGAUGAAGCGCAUGAAAGGAGCGUGUACACUGACAUCCUGUUGGGCCUAUUGUCUCGUAUUGUGCCGUUGAGACGAAAGCGCGGCAAUCCAUUGAGGCUUAUUAUUAUGUCUGCUACCUUGCGAGUUGAGGAUUUUACAGAGAACACGCGGUUGUUCAAAGAACCGCCACCGUUAAUCAAGAUUGAAUCUCGCCAAUUUCCGGUUACAAUACAUUUUAACAAACAUACCCACAGCGAUUACUUGAAAGAAGCAUACAAGAAGACAGUAAAAAUACAUACAAGGCUUCCGGAAGGUGGAAUUCUAAUCUUUGUCACGGGUCAGCAGGAGGUCAGGUACCUGGUUCGUAAGUUGAAAGCAUCAUUUCCAUACCGUAAAGACAUUGACUACUCUAAGCUGAUAACAAAGAAGGCUGUGUGCGAAGAGAAUGCAGAUUUUGAUUCCGAGCCAGAUGACAUUGAGUCGGAUGAUGAUGAGGUGGAGAAAGAGAUGAAGAGGGCGCGCAAAGCGCGGCGUAAAGCCAAACUGAAGGCGAAAUCGUUGCCGAAGGUAAACCUGGACGAUUACGAUAUGCCCGAGGAUGACGGGCAGGCGGACCUGGUGGGGAAUGACGACGACAGCGACGGCCACUUGAGUGAUUCCGAUAUCGACGACGACAUAUUGGCGCCAGAGAUAAAGUCCUGCAGGCAACCUCUUUGGGUGCUCCCUCUGUACUCUAUGCUCGGCUCGGCGCAGCAAGCGCGCGUUUUCGAGCAGCCGCCGGUGGGCGCGCGUCUGUGCGUCGUCAGCACGGACGUCGCCGAGACGUCGCUGACCAUACCCGCGAUCAAAUACGUCGUCGACACCGGGAAGAAGAAGAUGCGCGUGCACGACCACGUGACGGGCGCGUCCGCGUGGCGCGUGGUGUGGUCGUCGCAGGCGAGCGCGGGCCAGCGGUCGGGGCGCGCGGGGCGCACGUGCGCCGGCCACGCGUACCGCCUGUACAGCAGCGCGGUGUUCGCGAACGACAUGCCCGCCCACCACGCGCCCGACAUAUGCCGCCGGCCCGCCGACGACGUGCUGCUCAUGAUGAAGUGCAUGGCAAUAGACAAGGUCGUGAAUUUCCCUUUCCCAACUGCACCGGACCGGAUGCAACUCCGCUUGGCCGAGAAGCGUCUCGAGGUCCUCGGAAUACUGGAGAAGCCGGAGACCAGAAAAAGGAAAGACGACGAGGAGGUGUUGAAAGUGACACCGUUGGGGAAAGCGGUCUCAGCGUUCCCGCUGUUGCCACGCUACGGAAAGAUGCUGGCUUUGAGCCACCAGCAAAACCUUCUGCCGUACACCAUCACGCUAGUCUCCGCGCUCACUGUACCCGAGGUGAUGAGUGGAAAGCCUGACUGUUGGCCGGCCACUGGUCAAAUGUUGCUAUUGGGCGAUCCCGGAGUAUUGCUCAGGGCGGUGGGGGCUGCAGAAUACGCCCACGUGCAAGGCGAAGAAGAGCUGUUUUGCGCCAAGCACGGGUUGAGGGAAAAGGCAAUAAAGGAGAUCCGGAAGCUGCGCAAGCAACUCACGACGGAGAUCAAUCUGAGCGUGUCGGGAGUGGACCUUUCCAUCGAUCCGAUGAUGAAGCCACCCGAUGAAGGGCAGGCGAGACUGCUGCGACAGCUGGUGCUGAGCGGCUUGGGCGACCAGGUGGCCAAAAAGAUAGCCUUGGACGAAGUCAAAGAAGGCGAGGACAAGCGCAAGUACAAAUACGCGUACCACUGCGGCGAGCUCGAGGAGCCGGUGCACCUGCACUCGGAGUCCAUACUGCGGCAGUGCAUACCGGAGUGGCUGGUCUACCAGGAGCUGUACGAGACCGGCCCCGAGGGCAGACGGAAGAUGGUGAUGAGGAACGUCGCCGCGGUGGAGCCUGAGUGGCUGCCGGUCUACGUGCCGCAGCUGUGCAACUUGGGCGACCCACUAACAGAUACGGAGCCAAGAUACGACGAAAAAUCUGGGCGAGUGAAGUUCAGCUUCAAGGGCACGUUUGGGAAGGCCUGCUGGGAGCUACCCGUAGUCGAGAUCGACUAUCCCGACAAAAUUGAGCGAUACAGAUGGUUCGCCAAGUUUCUGCUAGAGGGCGCGGUGUUCCCAAAGCUCAGGAAGUACACCGGUUCCCUUCUAUCGCCGCCAUCGACGAUGAUCAAGAGCUGGGCCAAGCUGCAACCGAGGACCGAAACGUUACUCAAAGCACUGCUGACGGAAAGGGCCGGCAAUAGGGAUCAACUGAACAGGGCGUGGGACGGAAACUCUAAGUAUUUACUCGGCGAGUAUCUCAAAUGGUUGCCAGAAUCAGCACACAACGAAGUGACUCUAUAUUGGCCACCCGUC